CGCUAGUUUUGGUUUUGCCACUCUUCUUCUCUCUUCUCUAGCAUGCCGCUUCUUCAUCCUCAGUCGCUGCGGCAUCCUUUUAUCGUGUUUCAGUCAACAACCACAAGAAGCAAUUCCACUUCAAGAUUGUCACUUUCUCACAAGUUUCUCCAUUCUCAGUCUUCCACCAUCUCAAUCUCCAGGACACGAAUACUCAAACGGGUCUCUCAGAAUCUCUCUGUAUCUAAUUCUGUUUCCGCUCAAGCUAGUGGUACUGGUGAGAGUGUUGCUACGACAUCAGAAAGAGAUGUGUUGAAGGCGUUGUCUCAGAUCAUUGAUCCUGAUUUUGGGACAGAUAUAGUUUCUUGUGGUUUUGUGAAAGAUUUGGGAAUUGAUGAGGCUUUGGGAGAGGUUUCGUUCCGUUUGGAGCUCACAACACCGGCUUGUCCAGUCAAGGACAUGUUUGAGAACAAGGCAAAUGAGGUAGUUGCAGCACUUCCAUGGGUGAAGAAGGUCAAUGUGACAAUGUCAGCACAACCAGCCAAACCCAUAUAUGCAGGGCAGCUUCCCCUUGGUUUAUCAAGAAUUUCGAACAUUAUCGCUGUUUCAAGUUGCAAGGGUGGUGUUGGAAAAUCAACAGUAGCCGUAAAUCUUGCCUAUACAUUAGCUGGUAUGGGUGCUAGAGUUGGCAUCUUUGAUGCGGAUGUCUAUGGUCCAAGUUUACCAACCAUGGUCAAUCCUGAGAGCCGUAUACUGGAAAUGAACCCGGAGAAGAAGACCAUCAUUCCAACAGAAUACAUGGGGGUCAAGCUGGUCUCAUUUGGAUUUGCAGGACAAGGGCGUGCCAUAAUGAGAGGUCCUAUGGUGUCUGGUGUUAUAAACCAACUUCUGACGACAACUGAAUGGGGAGAGCUGGAUUAUCUUGUUAUCGACAUGCCUCCUGGAACUGGUGAUAUACAACUGACCUUAUGUCAGGUUGCGCCUCUAACAGCAGCAGUAAUUGUCACCACCCCUCAAAAGUUGGCGUUUAUCGAUGUUGCUAAAGGUGUACGAAUGUUCUCAAAGCUAAAGGUGCCUUGCGUUGCUGUUGUAGAGAAUAUGUGCCACUUUGACGCUGAUGGGAAACGUUAUUAUCCUUUUGGGAAAGGUUCAGGUUCAGAGGUUGUCAAGCAAUUCGGCAUACCUCACCUCUUUGACCUCCCCAUUAGACCAACGUUAUCUGCUUCGGGGGAUAGCGGAACUCCUGAAGUAGUGUCGGAUCCACUAAGUGAUGUUGCCAGAACGUUCCAAGAUCUUGGUGUAUGUGUAGUGCAACAAUGUGCCAAGAUACGCCAGCAAGUAUCAACGGCUGUAACAUACGACAAAUAUCUCAAGGCAAUUAGAGUGAAGGUACCAAACUCAGACGAAGAGUUCCUACUGCACCCUGCAACCGUCAGAAGAAAUGAUCGAUCUGCCCAAAGCGUGGACGAAUGGACUGGAGAGCAAAAGGUUCAAUAUGGGGAUAUAGCAGAAGAUAUCGAACCAGAUGACAUACGGCCAAUGGGAAACUAUGCUGUCUCAAUAACCUGGCCAGACGGUUUUAGCCAGAUUGCUCCAUAUGAUCAGCUGGAAACAAUUGAACGGCUAGUAGAAGUUCCACCACUGUCUCCAGUCGAAGUCUGAUACUCGAACGAACAAUAGUUUUUUCCCGUUUAUGAUCUCUCUCGAAGAACAGAAUUUGUAUAUUCAUUCAUAUCAAGGAAAAUACAUUCAAUUGAAGCAUAGUUAUGAAAACUU